GAGUACUGCGGAGAGGUGGUGGUGGACCCCGAGGACGAGAAGGCCAUCGAGAUGUUCAUGAACAAGAACCCGCCGCUGAGGCGCACGCUGGCGGACAUCAUCAUGGAGAAGAUCACGGAGAAGCAGACAGAGGUGGAGACGGCACUGUCAGAGAUAUCGGGCUGCCCAAUGCCUCAGCUCGAUCCCCGCGUUCUGGAGGUCUACAGGGGCGUCAGAGAGGUGCUGUCCAAAUACAGGAGUGGGAAACUCCCCAAGGCAUUUAAAAUCAUUCCUGCCUUGUCCAACUGGGAGCAGAUCCUCUACAUCACAGAGCCAGAGACGUGGACAGCAGCUGCCAUGUACCAGGCCACCAGGAUAUUUUCAUCCAACCUGAAAGAGAGGAUGGCCCAGCGGUUCUACAACCUGGUGCUGCUGCCACGGGUCAGGGAUGACAUUGCCGAGUAUAAGCGCCUCAAUUUUCACCUCUACAUGGCUUUGAAGAAGGCUCUGUUCAAGCCGGCAGCCUGGUUCAAAGGGAUCCUCAUUCCCCUGUGCGAGUCGGGGACCUGCACGCUGCGAGAGGCCAUCAUCAUCGGCAGCAUCCUCACCAAGUGCUCCAUCCCCGUCCUCCACUCCAGCGCGGCCAUGCUGAAGAUUGCCGAGAUGCAGUACAGCGGCGCCAACAGCAUCUUCCUCCGGCUGCUCAUCGACAAGAAGUACGCCCUGCCCUUCCGCGUGGUGGAUGCCCUCGUCUUCCACUUCCUGGCCUUCCGCACAGACCAGCGGGUCCUGCCGCACCAAAGCUUCCUGGCCUUCGCCCAGCGCUACAAGGAGGACCUCUCCUCGGAGCAGAAGGAGGCUUUGCUCGAACUGCUCAAGUUCCACAGCCAUCCGCAGAUCUCGCCGGAGAUCCGGAGGGAGCUGGUGAACUCCAAGACGCGGGAUGUGGAGGGGCAGCAGCCCGUGGCCAUGGAAUGAGCAGAGAGAGGCAGGGAAAAGCUGCAGCCUGAGCUGCUGCCGGGACACUGCUGCAUGCAGCUGGGA